UAAAGCUGGGUGGGUUUGGAGAUUUCAAUCAGUUCUAGAUACUCUUUAAAUACAAUCGGUCAAAAAUAUAUUGUAAAACCUUCUUAACUUUUUUUUGGGUUUUUUCGUAUGCAAACUUUUUGCUUGUUCUCACCUUUUAAACCGCGUUAACACGAAUAUUUCUCACCAAGUGAAACCGCAAUUGAAACAAAAAUCUUCUUAAACUAGGCUAAAUUUAUAGAUUAUAUUGAUCCAUUCAUUCAGAAUGCAGAGCGUUGCUAAACAAAUACGAAAAUCAUCAAUUGAUUCGCGACAUUCAAAAUCUUCAUCCUCAACGGGAUGGCAGACGAUUUCCGUUUCGGAUACAACAGCACAACAAUCACAAGCCGAAACUCAGGUCCUUUCCGAACUGGAUUCACCCUUGCCGAGUGCCAUUGACGAGGAGCCAACCACUGUGGAGGAUCAGAGGCUAAAGCAAUUGUUCCGGAAUCUAUCCAUCAACGAUCAAUUGAUAUUGUACAAUGAAUUUCGACUGUUGCCGCAGGCCUGCAAUGCGCUGUGGCGUGCCAAGUACAAGAAAUUGGAUUUUCGUGAAUUGGAAAAGAAACUGAGUGGCGGAUCUUUAUGCUAUUUUCUCAACUAUAUGAUGGAUCAUUUCAAGUAUGUAUACUUUCAGGCCGAUCGUUUGCAAGCCAAUCUCAAUGUGCUAGAGAAGGCCGGGGUUAAAACUUUGAAUAGCGUGCAACAUUGUGAGCUCUUGUUGGAGCCAUCGGGAACGCGAUCCGCGUCCGACUCCGAAUGCGAGUCUGUGUCAUUUCUAAGGUCCAAGUUGAUCAAAGGUGGCGAUGGCGAGGGCGAUGUGGCAACGGAGAGAAACUCAUUCACCAUGGCUCAAUGGCCAUUGCAUGCCUUGCCGAAGCUUCUGCGCAAUUUGCGCCGUUUGAAAGUGCACUGUGACGUCCAAGUGCAUUUCAUAGAGCACUUUGAGAAUCUGCAGCAACUUAUUCUCUAUGCGUAUAUCUCCCAGACGGCCCUUACUGGCAUAUUGGAACGCUGCACUCAUCUGAAGCGUUUCUUCCUGAAGGCAGACACCAAAAAUCUGCAUAUCCACAACAUUGGUAAGUGUCAGGAGUUACAGGAUAUCUCGCUGCCCACACGCAUCUUCCAUAUGGAGCGCGAGGCUGUAAUGGCUCUGCCCGAUCUCCAGCUAUUGGAGCUCACACACUGUGAACGGGAUCCCAAUGAGACAUUGGAGUGCCUCCGUUUCGUAUUGGACGAGCAGCGGACUGCGAAUAUUGAGAUAAUGCAGUUGGAUUGCAGUUGCUUUGACGGACCCCGUUGGAUGCGGCAGGUGGGCCUGAGGCAGUGCAGCCGUCUACGUGGCCUAGUUCUAAUCAAUUGUCAGUUUAAUGAUCGUGAGAUUGCUGACUUAGAGAUGCCCGCUGUUCAAAAGUACUUGGUCUUUAGCAGCUGCCACGAUCUCAAGGAAUAUCAACUCUUGGACAUGGUCAAACGAUGCCCAAAGCUAUGUGAACUCUAUCUAAUCGAUUGCCCUCAAUUGACUGGCCAAGUGCUGCACGGUAUCUAUCGCAUACGCCGUAGCGAGACUGUCGAUUUUCCUCUCAACAUUGUUCUUAGUCGCUGUAACCAAUUGCGUGAAGACUAUCAAAAAAUGUAUGCCAACUAUUGGUACUUUAAGUUGCCUUUUAUUAAAGUGGAGCGCAUGCAAGAAGAGAAUCGAGCCAUUGAGGAUAUACAAAUUUUCUUUUACAAAAAGGAUCAAGACAUGCCAAGUCAUUAAAAAUGAAGUUUCAUCUUUUAGUUAAACCAAAAUGCCUGAAGAACGAUUAUCUCUUAACAUUUACGUUUUAUUGUUAAACUUUUGAUCUCAAUGGAUAAUUAUCCUGAAAUAUAAAUUAGUUAAAUAGUUCCAGUCCAAGAAA